GUCGCAGAGAUGGCCGUGGAUUUCAUCCUCUCUAUUGCAAAGAGUGAAAUCCGCAGCAUAAAUUGACACUCUGCAGAUUUCAAAUUGCAAGUCUGUUUAAGCUGCGGAUUUUUUUUACGCAGAGCGUGGAUGAGAUUUCUUAAAAUACAGCAAGUAUCCAGAUUGUUCCUGUCAGACGCAUGCCGGAAGGACACUGUUGUGACACGUUUGGUACAUCACAGUAUAAGUUUGGAUACCAUUUUUUUGCUACCCAGACCUGUCCUUUCAACAGUUUUAAACGUGAAGCGCUGUAAAAGGGGGAUAAGCUGCUGUAUACUGAGGCAAGUCAAGGAUGCAUAUGGCCACCACACCAAAGUGUUAAAGGGUGCCUAAUCCUUCAUUACUUUCUAUGGAUCUGUACUCCGCACGCUGCAGAGCUGAUGCAAGCCGAAGAUGCAUCACAGGUACCCUUUAAGCAGGAGCUAUCCAGGAGGUUUCUAAGGCCAGAACCAUGGACAAGCACAAAGUCAAGAGACAACGCCUGGAUCGAAUCUGUAUCCGGCCGCCUAUUCUAAAUGGUCCUAUGCCUGUCCGUCCCUUGGUGGCUCUUCUUGAUGGAAGGGACUGCACAGUUGAGAUGCCUAUAUUAAAGGAUGUUGCUACAGUAGCAUUCUGUGAUGCUCAGUCUACACAAGAGAUCCAUGAGAAAGUGUUAAGUGAAGCAGUGGGAGCCCUUAUGUAUCACACAAUCUCCCUUUCUAGAGAGGACCUGGAAAAAUUUAAGGCUCUUCGUAUCAUCAUACGAAUUGGAAGUGGUUAUGACAAUAUUGAUAUCAAGUCUGCAGCUGAAAUGGGGAUUGCUGUUUGUAAUGUUCCCUCAUCGUCCGUGGAAGAGACCGCCGAUUCUACGCUCUGCCACAUCUUGAACCUCUAUCGGCGUGUCACAUGGCUGCACCAGGCUAUGAGAGAAGGGAAUCGUGCUGCCAGUGUGGAACAGAUCAGAGAGGUUGCGGGAGGGGCUGCCAGAAUCCGUGGGGAGACGUUGGGCAUCAUUGGACUUGGCAGGGUUGGGCAAGCAGUUGCUUUACGUGCCAAGGCCUUUGGUUUCGCGGUCAUAUUUUAUGACCCCUAUCUUCCUGAUGGAGUUGAGCGUUCCCUGGGCUUACAGCGGAUGGCGACGCUUCAAGAUCUGCUAAUGCACAGUGACUGCAUAACUUUGCACUGCAGUCUGAAUGAGCACAAUCAUCACCUCAUCAAUGAUUUUACCAUAAAGCAGAUGCGGCAGGGCUGCUUUUUGGUAAACACCGCCCGUGGGGGACUCGUUGAUGAGAAAGCGCUUGCCCAGGCUUUAAAAGAUGGACGAAUCCGAGGUGCUGCUUUAGAUGUCCAUGAGUCUGAACCUUUCAGUUUUUCUCAGGGACCUUUAAAAGAUGCCCCUAACUUGAUCUGCACCCCUCACACUGCCUGGUACAGUGAACAUGCUUCAAUUGAAUCAAGAGAGGAGGCAGCUAAAGAAAUCCGCAGAGCCAUUACAGGUCCAAUUCCAGAUGCAUUGAAAAAUUGUGUAAAUAAAGAGUAUUUACUGGCAGCCGCACAGUGGCCAGCAAUGGAGUCUGUUCAUCCAGAGCUCAAUGGAGCAGCAGGAUAUAGGUUCCCACCAGGAGUUGUGGGAGUAGCUGCUCCGGGACACCCAGCUUCGGUGGAAAGCAUUGUGGCAACUUCACACCCUUUACUUCCCUCUGUUUCCCACACUCCGUCACCAGGACAAACAAGCAAGCCAGAGCAAGACAGAGAAAUUCCCACUGACCAGUAGCAAUACUGUGCUUUGUUUGUGUUCUUCUUUUUAUGUUUAUUUUGCCUUGUCUUGUUUUUUUCCCUUUUUUUUUUUAUACCACCAGUCCCAUACUUUUGCUCUGCCUUCCCCCUCAGAACGUUUUUGGGGAGAAGAGCGGGAUUCCAGGUCUCUUCAGCAGCUUUACCCAGUUGAUGGAAUCAGGCUGCAAGCCCUGAGGUGUAUCAUCUCUCCUCACACCGGAAAGGAGAAUGUUCUUAUCAAUGUCUGGAAACCUUUCGAUAUUGCCUUUCAACAGAUCUAUUUUUUAACUGAUUUAGUUUUACGUGAAAUACUGUAUGGGUGGGUUGUGCUUCUGUGUGCCGGGACAGGCUGAUCUUUUCUGCUUCCUCUAGAAUGAGACAUACCCAGUUGUCUCAGGGAGCUGAGGCAUCACCAAAUUUUUAGGGUGGUGGGUAUCUUGUAAUCUGAAGUGUGUCUCAAUCCCCUCACUACUGGAAGAUAAGAAACGCGUUCUCUUCUGAAGAUGCUACUUGAGCUUCUACAUUGCUGUGAGAGCGCACCAUCAAAUUAAUUUUUAGAGUUGGAUCAUUGUUGUUGACUUUGGACACAAAAGCAGAAGUAUUGAAAAGUUAAAAUAAUGAUCACUUGCAUGUGUCUCUCAGGUUCUUAGUAUAUGGAUGAAAAGAGGUCUUGUGUCCAGCAUGGUGAUGAAUGAGGCCUUGGGCAUUAAUUCAUUUGUUUGACACCAUUGUGUCUACAUUGAAGUAUAGAUUGAAAGAAUGUCGAUUCUGUCGCCUCAUUUCAUCCAGAAGUGGUAGCUGUUCAUGGCAUAUUGCGCUUCAGUAGCUUAUUAAGGAGCAGGAUUCCCGGAUAUGGGUGCAUGUUUUAUUCUGGGCGUAGCUGCUGGGAUCAUAUUAUAUAGUGUAUGGUUUUAGCCCCUUCCCCUAAAGGAUAUUUUUACUGGCUCGGGAUGAUUGUGAAUAGCGUCUAGUGAAUGUCAUUUAGUAUAACAAGUCUCAGGAUUAAAGUGCAUGAAUCAGGUUGAAAUUGUGUAUAUUAUAGAAGGAUAUUUUAAUAGUCUGGCGUGUUGAAGAAGAAGCAGAUUGAGGUUGUAUGCUGGCACAAACAGUCCCAAAGCUUAUCUUUUUAGUUAGAUGGUGACAUGACAAAAUGUUUGACUGGCAGAGUUCUGGGUUCUGAGACCCCCGCCAAUUACUAAAACUAGAAGGAAGAAGCGCCCUGUUGAAUCCUGUCUCUCUUGCUAGCUGAAGACGGGCUUACCAUAAAUCCUACUUAUCUCUGGCCCCCAAGUUUUACAUAUAUUUGCUAUUGAGAAACCUUUAUCUGAGUGGUUGGUGCUAAGUUUGUUUAUAAUGUAUUUAAUUGAAAAUCAUCUGUUAAGU